GGCGGUCACCGGCGGCCGCUCAGAAGCGCCACGCUCGCCAUCCUCAACGCGUUACCGCGUUACGCAACCCGGUGUCUUCGGCUUCGACUCCUCGAUCCCCUUUCGUUCCCGCCACCGGGGGCCAUCCUCGCCCACCCGCGCCAGCUCCUGCUCUUCGCCAUCGCGAACUUGAUCGUGACAUCCGCGGAACCGCCGGACAGGACGCGGCACGCGGGAAGUUGAUGAACGGAACGCACUCGUCGGAUUUUGGAAUGCGGCCUUUUGGAAGUUCACCUUCGGUCGGGAAGUGCUCGUGGAUUUCGGCACUCGAGCGAAUCCCAAAUCCUUGAUCGGCUCUCUUUCCCAUGCGGCUUUGGCUCGUUUUAAAGUUUUGAAAAAUUUCCGUUUGAACGAACCCUACAACAUUGACCGGUUUCUUAUCUUGGGGCACUUUGGAUUUAUUGUUUUUUCUUUGAUUUUCGAGAGAGUUCGCGUUUUAACAAAUCCUUCAGCCUCAUCGGUGUUUCGAUCUUGGCGCUUUGGUUUAUUUUAAAUUUUCGAGAAAGUUUCUCGUAGGUAUAUUUAACCGACAGUGAAGUGAUUCUUAGAUCCCCGUGUUGAAAUUCCCAAGUUAUUCUCUAAAAUUGUGUUUUUUGCCAACCUGGCUCUAUUGAAGUUUUAGUGUUAUUCAUUUCGGUAACUGUACUCUGUGUUUCUGAGCCGCGGGUCAUUUCAUAGCACAUAUUACAUUUGCGUCUUGAAUCGGUGAAAUUUUUUUUGUGAAGAUACGAAUCCCAAUUUCUGUGAUAAAUUUCCGCUGAGGCAGUUACGAUGACGAUGGAGACAGUUCCGGGGGCGGAGGUGCAGCCGCAGUUCGUGGUGGCCGACUACCUCGUCUUCGGUGGGAUGCUCACGUGUUCCAUGCUCAUCGGCGUCUACCACGGAUGCGGCCUCUUCCGCAAGGAGAAGAAGAAGCACGUCACGUCCGACGAGUUCCUCACCGCCGAAGGAAAGCUCGGCACUAUCCCUGUUGCUCUCUCCAUGCUCGCUAGCUUUUUGUCCUCGAUCACUCUGAUGGGCCAGCCCGCCGAGGUGUAUCAAUACGGGCCACAGUUGUGGAUGUUCGGGGCGUCUGCGUUUCUGGUCGUGCCGUUUAUUGGCUAUCGCAUGGUUCCGUUCUUCCUCUCACACAAGUACACCUCUGCAUAUCAAUAUUUUGGCGAACGUUUCAGCAAAAAAUUGCAGUUGCUCACUUCAGUUUUAUUCAGCUUUCAGAUGAUUUUAUACUUGGCACUCGUGCUUUACGCACCGGCUUUGGCCAUGCACAGAGUGACCGGAAUGAACACUAUGCUUGUAGUUACAACUAUGUAUCUUGUUUGUAUUUUCUACACAACCAUUGGCGGAAUGAAAGCAGUGGUUUGGACCGACUCAUUUCAGAUUGUCAUUCUGUACGUUGCUAUGAUAGCUAUUUUGGUCAAGGGUACCAUUGACAUCGGUGGCCUGUCUACGGUUUGGGAAAGAAAUGCCGAGUUCAACAGAACUAAUUUCCUCGAUUGGACGUUUGAUCCGACUGUUCGAUACGACGCAUGGUCCUCAUUUGUUGGUUCUGCUGUGCUCCACGUGACUUUUUACGGUGGCAACCAGCUCCAAAUUCAGCGCUACUUCGUCGUCAAUUCAGCAGCAAAAGCCAGAAAGAUGUUGUGGAUCAAUGCUGUUGGAUGGACCUGCGUUGUUUUCCUGACUGUCUAUACAGGGAUGCUGAUCUUCGCUAAUUACGCCUACUGUGAUCCAAUAAAGAGUCAUGUCGUUAGCACACCAGAUGAGCUAUUUCCUCUGUACGUGAUGCAGACUCUGAAUGAAUUUCCUGGUUUUCCCGGCUUGUUUUUAGCCGGAAUCUUUAGUGCUGGAUUGAGCACUGUUGCAACUGGCGUGAACUCUUUGGCAGCUAUAUGGUUUGCGGAGAUGGAAGGAACGAAAUUCAGAGCAGGUAUCGACGAGAAACAUUCAGGGACAGUGGUCAAAUUAUUGGCUUUUUGUUUUGGCAUCCUCUCUUAUCUGUUGGUUUUCGUGGUCCCUUACAUGGGCACUUUAGCAAAAGUAACUAUUUCUCUGUCUGGCGCAUUUGCUGGUUCACUGUUUGGAAUAUUCGUCCUCGGACUGUGUUUUCCGAGGGUCGAAACUUGGGGGGCUACCAUUGGACUGGUGAGUAGCACGAUAUUCAUGGCGUGGGUUACAGUGGGAAGCAUGGCUGCAGAAAGAUUGGGCGACUCCAGCUUCCAGACCAUUGCAACGUCAGUCGUUGACUGUCCAGAUAAUUCCACAUUAAUCUCCGUUCCCGAAAAGUUGAUAAUGGAAGGCUCGCAUGACAUUCCAUACCUCCACCGCGUGUCAUACCUAUGGUAUGCGACCAUGUCGAUAUCGGUCACUGUUGCAGUUGGGAUCACCGUAAGUUACACUCUUCAAGCUUUGGGUCUUGCUGCUGUCCCCCAAAAACGGAUAGACAGGAUUAAAAACGGCGACUCUAACCUCCAUCCAAAUCCCAACAAUCAGGACCAACUGCUCCUCGACGAAAAUUCACGGAAACUUCCCCAGAUCGUAAACGAAAAAGUCAAACCGAUGACAACAGAAUCCCGGUUCAAUAAUUGGUAUAGAGCUGUCAAAAAAAGUGGUGGGCGUGGUUUCAAUAAUGCGUCUUGAUUUAACGACAGCAGUUAGCGCACACUGACAAAAAAAAUAUCGAAGAAUUUACUAAGAAAAGGGUAAAAUUAC